AUGGCUCUCGCUGCUGUGCAGCCUGUAAUGGAUACGGAUCAGAAUAAGGGCCUGCAUCCCUUUUUUGCUAAACCUUCCAAAACUCAACCACCUAAUUCAGAUAGCACCGCACGCCUCCCCGCUACUGAAACAAGCCACGAAACAGAGAUUGAGCCGCAAGAGUCAUCCGAAUCGAAAGCCCCGAAAAAAAGAGGGAGGAAGCUUGGUUCCAAAAAUGUGAAGAAGAGGGAAGAUGCGUUAGGGAAUAAUAAGCAACCCUCGUUGGAGCUAUUCACACGUCGAUUAAAUAAAGAGGAUGUCGGCACUGGAGCUACGCACAUUGACGAUAAAGACACUAUGAUCAUACCGGCGGAACAAGACAGCAUUGAAUCGCCCAGAAAGAGGAGAAGAACAGCCUCACCAUCGGCUCGAGUCUCGGAGACCCUUGUUAACCCAGAAAACCGGGCCAUUGGCGAGAUCAAGGAAGGUUCCAUACAGAGCCCGAUACCGGCCGGUGAAUCUUUUCCCCAAGCUCUGCUCCGAGAUAUCACGCCACCAAUAGAUAUCCCCAAUUCCGACUUACAUACCCAAGCACCUGCGAAGGAACCCAACCCGUCAAGCAUGCCAAACCCGGGUCCUAAGAGACUACUCACGGUCACCAAGAACGGGAAGCUUCUAUCUUCCCCUCCCCCGGAAUCUGACCAAGACUCGACUACCCCAAGAAAGAGGCGGACACGCCGUGCUGUAAAUGCGAAACCCUUGAAAAUGAUGGUUGUCAUCAACUAUGGUCGAGACCCAAUCAGGAGAGAAACGCUGGGCGAAAGCAUUACUGCCAUACUCGAAGGCAAAAAGUCAUCGCCUGGUAUGUCAAUCUCAACUAAACCAUCGAUUCAACCUCCUGCGAAACCCCCCGCGAAAUCUGCUGGGCCUCCAAAAUCAACGCAUCCAUUCUUUCUGGGAAAGCCUGCACAGAAACAGGUUGCCAACGGCGCAAAUAAUGACCGGCGCCCUGAUCCUCCAUCUCAGCUACCUAAUGUCCAUCGAAAGAGCGCCGUGACCCCUGGAAAAAUCAGGACUGAAUGUCGUAAUGAAAAGCCGGAUUUUCCAGCACCUGGCGCUACUUUUGGAAAUGUCCGGAACGUGUCUAAAAAUUCUAAAAAUGCAGACACGGAAGAGGCUCCUUGGCCCUCGAAAGGAACUGCUCAUAUUCGCAAUCUGGAUGCGGACGCUGCGCAAUGCCUGCCAUCAUACGCGAAGCAUUGCUUACUUAAGGAUCCGAAGUUGAAGAAAAAGUUCUUUGCAAUUCCUGACGACCAACAACUAAUAACAAAGCUGUCACACCAGCUCCAACCAUUCAUGGGGGAUGCACUAAAUCAUUCGCACGGCCAUUCACAAUCGGACUUUCAGCCUCCACCCGACGUACGACUGCCUACUCGACUGCUUACGACUGGGGCGAUUAUACAAGAAAAAGUACGCGGCCAGGUUUAUGCUUCGUUGCACACCUUCAACCAUCAUGAAACUAAUCGCUCGCCUACGCAUCCGGCCAUUCAAUCUCUUUUCUCGAAAAUUGAGCAUACUCUCACUCCGUUCGAUCUUGGUCAAUGUGAAUCACAGUCGUGGAUUCAAAAACACGCCCCCAGGCAGACUUCUCACGUUUUGCAGUUAGGCCAAGAAGCCCUUAUUCUUCAGGACUGGCUGAGAAAUCUGACGGUUCUCACUGUUGGAGGCGCACAAAGCGGAUCGAAAACUUCGGAUGCCAAAAAGCCCCCCAAGAAGAAGCGAAAAAAGGCAAAGGAUGACUUUAUUGUGGACAGCGACGACGAAGAAGAGGAAGAGAUGAUUGAAGUCUACGGCGGCCGGGACAUGCCCACUACUUCACACUUCAAGUCAACACGGAGGGCGCGCUGGACUCGGGACAAGAAUGUCGUGAUUUUGAGCGGACCUUCUGGAUGUGGAAAAAGUGCUAUGGUGUAUGCCGUUGCCAAAGAAAUGGGCUUUGAAGUCUUCGAGAUAAAUUCGGGGAGUCGGCGUUCAGGAAAGGACAUAUUCGACAAAGUUGGUGACAUGUCUGAGAACCACCUCGUGAAUCACAGACAAAAGGAUCCGACGGAGAAACUGGAAGCAGCUUCCGCCGAUGACACCGAGACUGAUCGACAUAGCGAAGCCUUCCAAAAGGACGUGGAUAGUGGGCGACAGCGCACUAUGGCAUCGUUUUUCAAGCCCAAAAACCCAUCAAAGACAAGUCCAAAAGUCACAAAGGCGAAAACUAAAGCUGUCUCUGCAAAAACAUCGCACCAAGCCACCCUAGCAGCUGAAAAAGUACAACGAAUAACCCAGAAACAAUCGUUGAUUCUUUUCGAGGAGGCCGAUAUACUAUUUGAGGAAGACCAGCAGUUUUGGAGUUCUGUCACCAAGCUGGCAUCUCUUUCCAAACGGCCCAUUAUCGUUACUUGCAAUGAAGAGUCGAUGAUUCCUUCCGCUCAAUUACCUCUGGCUGCUAUUCUUCGUCUGUCCCCUCCUUCGUCCGAACUCGCUGUGGACUACAUGCUGGUCUUGGCUGGCUACGAGGGCCAUGUCAUCAAACGAGACGCUAUAUCCUCACUCUAUGAAUACAAGCGUCACGACCUCCGAGCGAGUAUCACGGAACUUGACCUUUGGUGCCAGAUGUCAGUAGGAGACCGAAAAGGUGGAUUAGAGUGGAUGUAUCAGAGGUGGCCACCUGGCAAAGAUGUUGACGAGAACGGUCAUAUCUUAAGAGUCGCCAGCGAAGACACGUAUAUGUCUGGCAUGGGUUGUAUCUCUCACAACAUCUCUGAGAGUAUGAACAAUGUUGCUUUUGACAGACAAAACGAAUUACUCAAAGAAACUUGGAAUGAAUGGGCCAUUGCUCCUACAGACUGGAGUUUUGGUAGAACCGAGACUGGCUGCCGUCCACCAUCACAGGAAGCCACAUCGCUCGGUCUGCUUAAGGAGCUCGAAGCGAUGACGGAGAGUGCCAGCGCUGCCGCCCUUUACAGUCGCGUGGAUCUUCCUUCCUAUGCACGGGACUACGAUCAACCCAUUGAUCCGUCACUCCCACCAAUUCCCGGGCAAGAAUAUCUCAAUUACACAACUUCUUUGCCUGUUCGGCAGAUUGACAGUGUAAUCGAUUACAGCAAAAUGGACGCCGACUUGUUGACCCAGACCUAUCUACUUAUUCAAAGGGUGUACGGCGACCAGCUAAGUUUCACCUCAAAAGGAUCUCCUCUUCCGACUACUGAAGCAGACUUCGCUGAAGGCAUCGUGCACCGGUUGCAGAAGUCGCAGCUAAAGAAACCUUUAGCCAGGGAAGACUUCUCCGUAGCCUUUGAUAUUCUGGGAUAUCAACCUGAUGCCACGCCAGCAGUAAAUGCAACAUAUAAUCUCCUUGCAUCAUCCCUCGACCGACAAUUUCGCGUAGUUGUCGAGGAUAUCGCGCCAUACAUUCGCAGUAUAGUUUCGUACGAAACUUUCCUUGAUGCUCAGCGUGUUCGACUUGGAAAUCUGCUAUCCGAGGGCGGACAAGGUACCAAGCGUUCGAGGACGACUCGAGCUGCUAGGACGGCAUUGGAAGGUGGCGAGAGAAGGUCCAAACGAAAAGACAGGUGGUUUAGUGAGGAUCUGGAUCGUGUGCUAGUAAUGCAUACUGGAAGCGAAACAUGGCUUGGCUUGGGGCUGGCUGUCACUGCAGAGGGGACAGAGACAGGCUCCCAGAAGGCAGUGGGUAGCCCAUCAUCUUCCUCACCAUGA